AUGAUGCCUCCUCGGGUGGUGAUGAAACGUUUGCACACCGAUUGCCAGGCUCGGCAACUAGAUCAGCAGCCACUCGAUCAACGAUCAGUUGAAUGGGUAACUUGCACAUUUACUAACUUAUUUGAAGGGUCCUUCGGAUCAGACGUUCAAUAUGGAAGAUACACUUGGCGAUGUGCAGAAGCACUAUCACAGUACAUUGUCGGAAACUGUGAACAAGUGCACGGCAAACGAAUCUUAGAAGUGAAUUUAGGUGCCGGUACUGGAUUAUGUGGACUGGUAGCGAGUCUAUGCGGGGCCUCGUGGGUCACCUUCUCUGAUCGUGACCAUACAUUGGAAGGUGAUCUGCUACGCAGUGCCCAGUCGAAUGGAAUUACUCAAUUUGAUUUUUGUGUCUUAGACUGGGAAUUUCCAACACGUUAUUGGAGACCACGACCGUUUGAUUUAAUUCUCGCUUCCGACACUCUGUUUGAUAAACGAGGCAAGUUGACCGCUCAAACGGCGGCUCUUUUGCUAUCUUCCCUGACCGAUGCGUACCUGCUUUUAUCGAUUGAACCGCGCUGUUCUUUCACUGAUAUUUCUAUCCUGAUGAAGAAGUAUUCCCUUUGCAGCAAACUAGAAUGUGCUCAGACUUCACGCUGUGAACCAAUCCAGAUCUAUCGGGUUGAGUUUCAAAAAUAA